AUGACGACUCAAGAUAAUUUCCACGAUGUCGAAACCGGCUCGGUUCCCGAACAGGGCGCCGCCGCCAUCUCCAAGCACUCUUUCGACACCUUUGCCGCCGAUGCUGCAGCAGAGCAGCCCUUGCGUCACAAAAUCGACUGGCACAUUGUUCCUGUCGUCGUCAUGCUAUAUCUCUUCUGCUUCAUCGAUCGAGCCAACAUCGGUAAUGCGCGCAUUGCCGGCCUUGAAAAGACCCUCAAGAUGAACCCAAAGUCGUACUACUUCUUGAUGGCGUUUGUCCGCAGCUUUGGCUCCGCUGUUGCCGUCCGCUUCCUCCUCGGUGUGGUAGAGGCCGGUAUGCUACCCACCAUCGCUUUCUACCUGAGCAGAUGGUACCGCAAAGACGAGCUCACCUUCCGCCUUGGCAUGUACAUCAGCACUGGUCCUGCCGCUGGUGCUUGCGGUGGUCUUCUCGCUUCCGCCAUCCUCAAGGUCCAUGGUAUCGGUAAAGUGCACACCUGGGAGCAGAUCUUCCUCGUUGAAGGCGUCAUCACCAUGGGUCUUGGCCUCAUUGGCUUCUUCACCCUUACCGAGAGCAUCCAAAGUGCGCGCUGGCUUUCUUCAGCUGAAAAGGCGCUUGCCGAGAAGCGACUAGCCAGCGAAAUGGUGGGGCAAAAGGUCUUGGUUGAUAAUGUCAAGUUUAAGAUGCUGUGGAAGGGCAUCACUUCACCCACCUCCCUAGCAUGUGCCUUGAUGUUCACCUUUUGCAACAUCACCGUCCAAGGUCUUGCUGUCUUCCUUCCCACCAUUGUCAAAGUUCUCUACCCUUCUCCACAGUACACAGUGAUCCAACAGCAGCUGCUCACUGUGCCACCCAACGCUGUUGGCACUCUGGCGGUGCUGUUGGUCGCGUACGCUUCCACAAAACUGCGUAAGUACGCCGUUUUUGUAUUCGGAUGCGGACUCUUCAUGCUCUCCGGCUACGCUGUAUUUUUGGGUAGCCACAACUUCCACGUGCGCUAUGCUGGCUCUUUCCUGUCGUGCCUCGGGGCUUUCAAUCUUGGAGCCCUCUUGCCAAGCUACGCAGCUGCCAACACCAACAACGACACGGAGCGAGCCGGCGCCAUUGGCGUUGUUGUUCUGUUCGGAAACCUUGGUGGCCUCAUCUCCACCUGGACCUACCUGCCUAAACAAUCACCCCACUUCGUCCCUGGUAAUUCGCUCAAUGUGGCAGGUGGAGCCUGCAUUUCGAUCAUCGUCGUCUUGCUCGUUCUGUGGCAGCGUAGUGAAAACGCCAAACGUGAAGCAGGCCUGCGUCAGUCUAGACUUGAGAACAAAACUCCAAGUGAGAUUGAUAUGCUCGGUAGCGACCAUCCCGACUUCCGUCUGCGCUGGUAG